AUGGGCUGGGUCCGGCGCUUGCUGGCAAGAACGAUCUGCUGCAGGUGGUGCGGCCUGGAUCCGCGGUUUGGGGGCGAAGCUGCUGCUGACGGGGUGCGGCAUUUGGGGUUUGUCGCGAUGAAACUUGCUUUUAUAUUCUGGCUUGUUUCUUCCACAAUGAAGUUGAGGAUUUGCGAUGUGGAGACGGCGGUUGGGAUGGGGUUGAGGUCGGCCAGGGGUGAGGAAUUGGCGGGGCAAGGUUCUCAAGGCACUCCAAGUUAUCAAGAUGUCAUUGGAACAAAGAAUUUCAUUGAUCUGCCGCAGGGCAGCGUGAUCUAG